GUAUCUGCGGACGAAGUCGCUGUUAUGAAAGAUGCAGAACUAGCCCAGUUCAUGCAGCAACAUCGUCUCCCCGAUGGUAACUACGAUCUCCCUGUCGACGGGUGGGAUGAGCUGUCCAGAGAGGACCGCAGCCUUUUCGCUGAGAGGUUGGAGGCGCAGAAACGCAGUUUAGCCCAGAGUCCUACGGCAUGCUCUCGCCCACUUGAUCUUGAUGACCUCGAUUCACGCCUACAUCGAGUAUCACCCAAUCAAAGCUUCUCACUACGACCACAAUCUGAAGAAUUCGCUCGGUCGAGGUCUCCUACCCCACCAUAUGACCCGAUGAAAGACGAAAUCGAGACUUACUACGAGCUUGUUGAAACCGGCGGCCGCCCUUUAUACCCGACCGACCUUGUUCAAGAUAUAUACAGAGAGCCACACAAUUACUCUGAAUUACUGCGGCCUUGGCAAGAGUCUCUGACACAAUUGCGCGCCGAGGGCAUAUUCCAGAGACAGUUGCAGAGAUGGCAAAAUUUCCGGAGGUGGCAAAACGACCAUCGAAACUGCGAAGAUGAGGACGAUAGUUUCCCGGCCUAUGUCGAGCGACAGAAGCUUUGGAUAGAAGCAAAUUAUAUAAAGAAACAGGGCGCCAAACGCUUAGCUGAAAUCGAAGCAAAUCCGUCUUGCCUAAAGUCUGGAUGGGAUUUAGAAAGAUCGCUACGUGAGCGGCAGCGACAGCUCUGCAGGGAACACGAUUGUCGAGGAUUCCGCGACUACGUUGAUGCGGUGAAGCGGCGCCUUGCUUGUCACGGCUUUACCCAGCACUUUCACCUUGACGAAGACCCUACCAAACAGGACAUGCUGACGACAUGGAUCGAGUACCUCAACUACGAGUAUUGGUGGCUUGACAAGUACACCAGCGAUAUCAAACGCUUGGAGCCAGAACACGAUAAGUUGUGGCAAGAGCUUGUUGAGAAGAAAGUCCUCAAACCUCACGAGACGAGAGAGUUCGUGCGGACAGACGCAUCAGGGAUGGAGCGCGAGAAAGAAAAGGACCAAGCCAGGAAGGCUUACGAAAGGGCAGAGUCUGAAGCGAAGCAAAUAUACGUGCUGACCCAGGAGGACCCGAAGCGUUUGCGUAUCCCCAAAAAGAAGCGGAUAUCGAUGAUGAAAUAUGGCACGGAGAAGUUGCUUGCUGCAAGGCGACGAUUGGAGCAGGCCCGAAGCGAAUCGUUUCUCAUCGUACAAUUCGUUCGGGCC